GGCAACGCCGCGGCUGGGCAGUCCAGGAGGCGAGCGAGGCAGCGAGCAAAGUUUUUCAUGGAUCGAUCGAUACAUGUGUGAUUGCGUUUGCCUCUUCCUCAGCUGGCUGAUCGAGCGUCCUCUACGUGCCCUCCCUCGGCCCCUCGGCAGCUCGUCGCCGCAGGCAGGUAUCCACACGUGAUGCCUAUGCGCUGCACGCCAUUCCUCUCUGCAGGUGCCGCCAUGGCCGUGUCAUGGAGCUCGCCGCCGCGCCUUCCAACGACGCCCUGCGUCCAGGCAUGGCGAGGGCGCUGGAUGGCAGGAACGGCCGCAUCAAGGCGGCAGCUAGGGACGGUGGCUCCAGGGCUCUACACGCCGUUGCCAGCCAUGGGAGGAUGCCGGUGUGUGUUUACCUGCUCGAGAAGCAUGUUCAACGAAAAUGUCAACGAACCUUUGGCCAUAGCUUCUUCCUCUUCUCACAACAACUCUGGCAGCCGCUUAGCCGCCCCAGGAUCGGGACGCCAUCUCUGCCUUCAUCGCCGACCUCCGCUCGAUGGCCGUCCACUUAUCGCCGCCGCUCCCUCCGCCACCUCCCGAGCCGGAUUAGGGGUCGGGUCCCUCCCCGGCCCCAUUUUGUGUUUAUUUUGGGCUUGUUGAGCUGUGCCCUCAGCAAAACCUUUUGUACUCUGUCUUGUGAGACGUGUGUGUGUGUGUGGUGUGAACCUUCUUGUGUACUGGUGCUAUGUGGCGGUUUGCUUUAUUUAUAAAGCGGGGCGAAAGCCUUUUUCGGUUUAACUCAAAGGACUGACAAUUAACCAUGGGAAAGUAGUGCAUCAUGGAAGGUUCACCACUAGAAAAAUCA